AUGGCAGUAAAUAAAUUAUUGGCCUCUUUAGCAAGCGCCACAAACGAGCUCACCCUCUCUGCUGCUACCCUGAACCUAGACUUCUUUCUUUUCAGAUUUGAGGCCCCUCCGUCAUACCGGGACUUUGGCCUGAGUCUUUCCAGUAAAAGACGCCAAAACGCUGAAGGUGGCAGCGCACAUAUCACGGCGAGGAAGCUAGGGGCAUUGUUUGAAAACAUUUUACCGAAAACAUCAUAUUUGGUGGAUGCGUAUGGCGCACGGGUAUCUGCAGUCAUAGCGCGCCCAGAUAUAAAGCCCAAGGAAGACUUUGCAAAGGGGUUCUUUGCUGCGGAAAUAGGGCCUGAUGGUACGACAAUAUGGGCUGCCGCAACCUCGGGACCUGGUGCCGUCCCUGUUCAUCUUCUAGCCUGUCUACUAGCUCGUCGGUGGAACGCUCUAAUUGCAACCUCGAUUUGGGUAGAGUUGGUCGAAGAAAGAAAGAAACAAAUUGCUACGGAGUUCGACAACGGCAACGCAACGCAUUAUUCGACCUUGCAGGCUGCUCGACAAGAUAUCAGCCGUGAACAGCUCGCUGAAUGGGAUGCCGGUGCACGCGCAUGGCUCGGAACUGCGGAUGAAGUUUUACGGGACAAGGUUGAAAAACAGCGCUUGACCGUCGCAGAACUGGAUCUACCGAUUGAAGGGGCGAACAACCUCUUCAAAAACGUAAUGAAUACCUGGAAAGUGGCUCUGACAACAAUGGAGAACCUGCUAUCCGGUCAACCUCAGCGAAUAUAUAGCGGCUCUGCACUUUUAGGACUAUCAUCCUGGCACAUAUUCCCUGAUCUCAUUGUUCUUGGAUCUUCUGUUUCGGAGAUAAAAUUUGAAGAUGAGUUAGUCAAGACGAGCGGUGUGCUGACGAUAGGAUUGGAGUUAGACAUCCUAGAAACGGAAGCGUUUGAUAUGACUGGAGUCCAAUGGUCCUUAUCUUUAGCACACCUGAAGUAUUACGGGCCUCCAGUUAUCGCAUCUUCGAGCGUUGAGAAUGACCAUUCGAGGAUUCACUUCAGCGACUUUUCUGCUGUAGAUCUCGGGACGCUCCUACCGGUCUGA